AUGUCCUACAUAUCCGUGGCAGCUUGCACCCUCCCCAGUGUGCCUCUCGACUUCCAGGGCAACCGAGACCGCAUCAUCCAGUCCAUUCGCGUCGCAAAGGAAAAGGGCGCAACACUCAGGACGGGCCCUGAGCUCGAGAUCCCCGGAUAUGGCUGCCUUGACCACCACCUGGAAGGCGACACUUUCCUCCAUAGUUGGGAAGUGUUGGCCGACAUCAUCUCGGACGACGCCUGCAAGGGCAUGCUCGUAGACGUCGGCCUUGGAGUACGGCAUCGCAACGUUCGAUACAACUGCCGUGCUCUCUGCACGUACAAGAAAAUCUUCUUCCUCAGGCCCAAGAUGGCACUGGCCAACGAUGGCCUCUAUCGAGAGAUGCGCCACUUCACAGCUUGGGCCAAGCCCUACGAGAUCGAAGACUACUACCUCGAAGAUGUCGUUUCUCAUGUUACCGGCCAGUCGAAAGUGCCCAUCGGGGAUGCCAUCUUGUCCUGCAAGGACACUGCGGUAGCUUGUGAGACGUGCGAAGAGCUGUUCACGCCUCUCAACCCAUCUUCGUAUUUGGGCCUUAACGGCGCUGAGGUCAUCCUCAACAGCAGUGCCAGUCAUGCCGAGCUGCGCAAGCUGCAUACCCGCCUUGACCUGAUCUCAAACGCCACAAGAAGACUGGGCGGCAUUUACGUCUACUCCAACAUGACAGGUGUGGACGGCGAUGCGCGUAUGAUGUUUGACGGAUCCAGCAUGGUUCUCGCCAACGGGGAUGUCCUAGCUCAAGGCUCCCAAUUCUCCCUGCGCCCGGUCGAGGUCGUCACGGCAACAGUCGACAUCGAGAAGGUCAGAAGCUACCGGUCGUCCAUCUCUCGAAACCAACAAGCCGCAAAGCAACGAGAGUUCCCCAGGGUGGAAUGUGACCUGCGCCUCGGACGACCGUCUCGUCUGGUGCAUCGGUCCAAGUAUCCAGCAUCAAAGACCAUGGAGCUGAAGAUUCUCGACCCCAUGGAGGAGAUAGCUAACGCCCAAGCCGUCUUCCUCUGGCAGUAUCUUUCUCGGACCAACUCCCCUGGCUAUUUUCUUCCGCUGAGCGGUGGUCUCGACUCAUCGACUGUUGCUCUCUUUGUGUACAGCAUGGCUCGUAUGGUACUCCAGGCCAUCCAAGAGGGCGAACAGACUGUCCUUGACGACCUCCGCCGUAUCACAGGUGAGAAGUCAUUCAUUCCUUCGAAGCCUGAAGACAUCGUCUCCCGAGUGUUUCACACCUGCUACAUGGGCACGGUGAACUCAGGCGAGGAAACGCGGUCCCGCGCAGAACGCCUUGCUAAACACCUCGGUGCUUAUCACUCCGAUAUCAAAAUCGACGACGCUGUAAUAGCUCAUGAGAACAUCAUUGCGCAAACCCUCGGCGGCUUCCGUCCAAAAUACUCAAUCGAGGGUGGUAGCCCAUCUGAGAAUCUAGCACGGCAAAACAUACAGGCGCGCAACCGCCUCGUCGUAGCCUAUGAGCUCGCCCAACUGUCCACCACCGCGCGAGAUACUCCCCGAAAGGGUGGUGCAUUGCUUGUUCUGGGUUCUGGAAACGUUGACGAAAACCUGCGGGGCUACUACACCAAGUAUGCUUCCUCGGCCGAUAUCGCCCCAUUGGGGAGCAUUUCCAAGACAGAUGCCAAGAGCUUCCAGGCCUGGGCGCGUGACAACUGGGAUCUGCCUAUCAUGACAGAGUUCAUUGAAGCCACUCCGUCGGCAGAGCUUCUUCCCCUUUCCGCAGGCGUACAAGAUGACGAGUCUGACGCGGAGAUGGGCUUCACCUACGAUGAACUCUCUCAAUUUGGUAUCCUGCGAAAGGUCGAAAAGCUGGGACCUUGGUCAACGUACCAGCGUCUUCUCGUAGACUGGAGGGACCGGCCAGGCUUCGACCCACGCAAGAUUGCCGACAAAGUCAUGCGCUUCUUCAGGUUCUACUCCAUGAACCGGCACAAGACGGUCAUCCUAACGCCGAGCCCACACCUGUCGGCGUACAACCCAGACGACAACCGUCAUGACCUGCGACCCUUCCUGUACGUCAUUGAUUGGCCCUGGCAGUUCAAGAAGAUCCGGGACGACGUGGAUGAGCUGGAGAAGGAGAUCAAGGACGAGAAGAAUGGCAAGGGCCAGGAUGUCGAUUAG